GAAGGAGAAAGGUGGAUAAAUCGUCGGGUUUGUGUGUCCUCCGUCCCGCUGCGGGCUGUUUUCACGUGCAGGACUGUUUCCGGGAGCGUCGCGCGGGGAGGUUGUUCCGCCGGGUGCCGCCAUGCCCCUGGACGUCAGGUGGCCGUUCCCACAAUGCCCUGCUGCGGCCUGGAGGCUGUCCAGCUCGCUGGUCCUGGGCCUGGUGGGGUCCUACGCCUACGUCUGGACCAAGUACGUCAACUGUCUGACGGUCCACAACCGGCAGGCGCUGCUGGACCUGGUGGACCGCCGGCCGCCGGACACGCCCCUCAUCACGCUGUCCAAUCACCAGUCCUGCAUGGACGACCCGCUCAUCUGGGGUGUGUUGAAGUUCGGCCAGCUGUGGACCUUUAACAAGAUGCGCUGGACUCCGGCGGCGUCGGACAUCUGCUUCACCAGAGAGCUGCACUCCAAGUUCUUCAGCAGGGGGAAGUGUGUCCCGGUCUGCAGAGGGGACGGGGUCUAUCAGAAGGGGAUGGACUUCAUCCUGGAGAAGCUGAACAGAGGAGAGUGGGUCCACAUCUUCCCCGAAGGCAAAGUCAACAUGACCGAGGAGUUCAUCCGCCUGAAGUGGGGCGUCGGUCGGCUGAUAGCAGAGUGUUCCCUCAACCCGGUGAUCCUGCCUCUGUGGCACGUAGGUCUGAGUGACGUUUUGCCGAACGCCAAGCCCUACAUCCCGCGGGUCGGAAAGAGGAUCACGGUUCUGGUGGGGAGACCCUUCAGCGUCAAGGACCUGCUGGACUCGCUGCGAGCCCAGAACAAGAGCCAGGUGGAGAUGAGGAAGUCUCUGACGGACUUCAUCCAGGUGGAGUUCCGGAGUCUUAAGGUUCAGGCUGAAGCUCUCCACGGACAGGUCCAGACCAGAUCCUGAACCCCGAGCCGGUUCAGAUCUCUCACACUCCUCCAGGACUCCCUGAGGGUCUGCAUCCUGGACCUCCAAACCCCCUCCAGAACCGCCCAGACCUCCAGACCCCCUCCAGUCCUCCAGACCCCCUCCAGACCUCCAGACUCUCUCCAGUCCUCCAGACCCCCUCCAGACCUCCAGACUCUCUCCAGUCCUCCAGAGC